AUGACACACUUCACGAAGCUCUCGCUUACAUACAGCAGCCGUCGCACGAGCCUCCGCCACAGACAGAACCACCCACGCAGAAGACGGAUUCACGCAGCACACCACACGCACGUACUGUACUACGCCGGUGACAAGCGAAAGGAGGACGCAGGCAUGGCCAAGAGCGGCACGGAGGAGUGGCGUCGCAACGCCGACACGCACAAGAUGAGCCCGGAGGAGGUCCGGGCCGCGGGGGUGGAGGCGUCCAUGCGCCCGCCGGGCCGUGGCGGCGCCGGGGAGGUCCUGCACCAGCGAGGCGGCCGCCUGCCGUACGGGCCCGGGACGAUGGCGCUGAUGGGGUUCGGCAUCGUCGGCGCCAUCGGCUACCUGGUGCUGUACCAGAAGGCCAGGCCCGGCACGCCGGCCACGGAGGUCGCCAAGGUGGCCGUCGGACACGGCGACCCUGCCGUCGGCCGCGAGGUCCAGAAGCGCCAAGACGAAACGCAGCCACCGCCACCGCCACGCGAAGGCAAGUAG